AUGGGGGGAGGAAUCUCCAGAACAGGAGGGAGUGGACCACAGACCACCUACGCCGACGAUGGCGCCGCACGUGACACCUUCUUCACAACGCCCAAGGGCAUAUUGAAGAACAACGGCGGUGGUUCAGCAGACAUCAAAAUCCGUAGUAAGUCUUCCUAUCCGCCCUCUUUAGUGGCAACGCCUAAUUAUAAUGUGGGUGAAACUGCUGUACAGUUGCCCAUCACCGCCUUCAACCAAGAUGUUUCUAUAGUGGAUGCAAACCAGUACCCCCGUGUAGAGCGCAUGAAUUACUUUGACUGUAGCAAUACAACCGAUAUUCUUGUUCCUGCAAGUAUUCAAAAAUGCCAGGGGAGAGGGAGUGGCCGAUUCAAGUAUGGUCAGCCGUCCCCACUGCGAGCGGGGGAUGAUGUGUUUCCACUUCCUCUUCGAACGGAUGGUGGUGAAUUAGUGUUCUGCUACCGAGUUGUGAGCGUGGACGGGCAUCUGUGGAGUUUUUACAACGAUACCGUGAUUUACCAGUUAGAGCUGCUUUAUGUUUUUGCUGAAGAGUCCAGCAUUAAUGUGUUGGGCCAUACAACAGUGCGGGAGCGAUCUGAUGGCCGAUUGGAGGCUCGUCUUGUCGUCAAUCCAGGCGAUACACAAGAGUUUAUCUACGGUAAUGUGGUGCGCUAUGAACACGAUGUGAAAUUAAAACUCAUCAGCCAGGCGUUCAUAGAGGCCUCUUCCCGUGCCUGUGCUCCGUAUAUCUGCGAGGAACGAGAGAACAUACAGAAGCUGCUCACUUCAAAGGGAAAGAAGGAGGUGUCAGUCAACAAAUGGAACGUCUCAAGUGAAGAGCUGCUGCGUUGGUGUGUUGAGAAGAAGGUGCCCUUUGUGGACGUGAGUUUUUUCCCCUUCUCAGCGUUUGUUUGUGGCAGCUUUAUUGCCAACUCUGAAAGGGCCGUGCGCUGUGGCUUGUGCAAGCCGAAGAAUUACUUACCACCGGGAUUAGCCGGAGAAGCACGUGUGCUGCGCAGCUCUCCAAGACCAAGCUCUGUGAGCGCCAGCGCUGUUGGAGGCCAAGGCGUGGUGUGUGCGCUCGCUCUCCUUGCAGAGGACCCAAAAGAGGUAGAGCGACUCUUUCAACACCCCAAUGGAUCUGCGGCUAUGACUGAGGAGGAUCGGGUUGAUGCCAGUCGAGUCACGUUGUGCGUGAAUGGCUGGUGGACUUCCCUUGUAGUGGACCACUACUUCCCCGUCCUUGACAUGAAAAUGACCGGCGGAAAAUGUGUCAAUGAUCCGGCGGAGUUGUGGGUAUCAGUGGUGGAGAAGGCGUAUGCCAAGAUGUGUGGGGGCUAUGACCGUAUUGUGAAUGUUGAUCCUCUUCACGUGUUGCAAGAUCUCACGGGCUGCCCUGUGAGCCGAUUUGACUUUCUGCUACGGGAUUCCCACUAUCACGAGGGGCUUUUUGACAAGCUAAACCGCUAUUCGGAAUUAGGUUUCAUUGUUGUGUUGGAUAAGCCAAACCUCCAAUUGCGUGAGAAACACUUUCAACGUCUGGGGCUACGCAGAGGUGAUGCAUGUGCGGUGCUCAGCAUGAAAUUCUUUCAGCCUGCUCCCACUGAUAGUUCCUUUGGGAGGCAAAACGUGUUCCGACUCCUGAAGUUUCGAAAUGUAUUUGGUAGCUCUAGCGAUUGGGUUGGUGGGUGGAGCUCGCGUGAUCCGGCGUGGCGUGCACAUCCAGCAAUAGCUGCUGCUUGUGAAUUUGGCGGGAGUGUGGGAGAAGAGGAAGGGGAGGAAGAUGCGGUCUGGAUGGAGUGGCGUGACGUAACGCGCUGCUUUCACGGAUGCGGUGUUUGCUACACACACAACUCCUUCUACGAGCAUCGCGUGAAGGGCCAGUUUGGUAAGAACGGAGUCCCGAGCUGUGUGGUGAAAAUGGAGGUCACUCGCCACACCUUCUUGCUGGGUGUGUUGCAGCAAACAACACACGAGGAUAAACCAAAGCAUCCCAUUGCAUUGCAGUUGUCACGGCGCCAGAUUGCGAUGGAUGCAGAGAAUGAAGAAGAAGAACAAGUGGGAAAAGUGCCGGGGAAUCCAUCCAAUGACGGCAAUGCGAAAAGCGAAGGGGAUAGGACACCAAGGAAAACCUCAAAGUCAAAAAGGCACUUGCUCUCUAAAAAAAAGAGCAACUGGCGGCUGCAGGAGGUUGUCCUGAAUUCCACAGCCGACAGCGAUGCACCAAGCCCGGCCGUGAUGACUUUUCGUGCAACUGCCCAGGUAAGCUUUAUCGGCGAGCUACUCCCCGAGUACAGCCCGUACUACCUCAUUCCCCGUAGUGCUUCUGCCGAAGGGGAGUACGUAUUGGGCUUCUACACGAGUGUCCCUUGUGGUAAGUGGGCGUUUGCUUCGGCGCCCAACAGUAACAGCGGUGAUGGUGGCGAUAGCAGCAACCGUAGCACUGAUUACGUAAACGCCGAAUUUGUGCGUUUUUCGUCCGAGACGGCACUGUUUGACGACAAUCUGCGGUUUAAGGUGUCAUCGGAGACACCGGUAAAGUGCACCUACCAAGUAUUGCCUCCGCAUGACUCGUUGCUUGCUUUCCCCGAAACAUGUAGAGGUAAAUGUGUGAGGUGA